AUGGCGUUCCCCUACAUCGACACGCCACGCACUGAGAUCGACGGGAACGCGACUUACCUGACGAACGGUUUCCGAAGCGCGGGGCGAACGCACCUAUCGGCACUUGAUUCGGUUGAAAACUCCUUCGUCACACCCUCCAAAGACAAUGAUGUGAUCAAAGGUUUCGGAGAUGGUCGAAAACGCGUCUCUGCAGCCUCCAAGCUUGGUACACCACGCGCCAGCGCCGCGCCCAAGUCAACUAGAAGCGCGUUAAGACACCUUCCCUCAGCUGGACCUGAAAGAGGCGAGUUCACACCUCUCAUGAAAAGCGCGACAAAGAACAACUUCUUGAAAAAUCUGUCUACGACUCGAGGAGCAGACGAUCCGAAGACUCCGGCUUACUUGCGAGAAAGCGCCCGGGACAAUGCCUAUACCCCCGGAUUGCCUCCCAACGAUAUGUCCGACAUUUACGAGGAAGAUUUGACAAGGGAUGAACCCACGCCUCUCCCUCAACCUGUGGGGAGCAGCGCUCAGAGUACGCCACUUCCGUCCCUUCUGGGACGCGAGGGUAGGGGAAUUUUGGGUGACGGCCAGAACAUGACACUCAAGGAGCAGGAAAGGAUCAUUGAUAGGCUCGACAAAGACAACUGGAACUUGAAGCUCAAAAUCCACUACCUAGAGGAACAACUCGAGAAAGCGGGGCCGGAAUACAACAGCGCGGCUCUUAAGGAGAACACUGAACUGAAAGUCCUACGGCUGACAAUGCAACGCGAUAUUUCCCGAUACAAGAAGAGCCUCCUACAAGCCGAACGCGAUUUGGAGGAUUACCGACAACAACUUGCAGAGCUAAGAGAAAGAGCGCGCCGACGACAAACCGAUGAGGAGGUGCAGCGCGAAAUGGACUUGAUGCGUGAUGAAAUCGAAUCCAGAGACAAUGAACUCAGAGAGCUCCGGGAAGAAUUGAGGUUAGCCAAGGACAGUCAAUCUCAGGAAAUAGAGAAACUUCGAGAUGAUGUUGAGGAUCUUGAAGCAACCUUACGGGAGAGAGAUCGGAUCAUCGAUGAACGGGACGAAGAGCUCGAGGAGUUGCGCCAAACUGGUAAAAAGAAUGACGCAGCGGAGCUUCAGUUUGAACUUGACCGCGCAAAGGAACAAAUACAAGAACUGCAAGAUAGUCUGGAGCAAGCUAAGUCAGACACUCGAGAGGCAGAGAAUGCUUCUCAGCAGGCCAUUGACGGAAAAAUUCGGGCUGAGGAGGAUCUUCGAACACUGCAGGAUGAAUUGUCAGAAAAGUCUUUCGUGACAAAGGGGCUUAGUCGACAACUAGAAGAGAGGGCCGAUAAGCUUGAUGAGGAAAUGCGUCAAUUGGGUCAAGAGAACAACACCCUCAAGGAGGAGGUUGCGCAUAAGACGGAGUCCAUGACUCGUCUCGAGGAACGUUAUCACACCAUUCAACAAGAUCUCAAGAACAACGCUGGCAAACUGGGCGAAGACCUUGAAUCAACGCGGCGCGAACGCGACCUAGCCCACCAACAGCUCGAAGAUGCGUCUUCCAGACUACAUCAAGCCCUUGAUGAUCUUCAGCGCGUGACUGAAGAGAAAGAACUCUUGUGGACCCGGCACCAUGCGCUGACCGAGGAAUCAGGUGGUUUGCAGGCUGAGCUUUCCCGGUCACAAUCACGAGUCCGUGAACUUCAACAGACAAUCGAAGAGGCCACUAGCCGGGCUCAAGAUAACCAAAAUCUUCGUUGGCAACACAAGGUGGAAAUCGACCGACUUCAAGAUGAGAUCGAGGCGUUACAGCACGAGAUCGAGGACAAGGAAGGCCACUUCGCCCUUGAGCAAGAUAGGUGGGAGAGCACCAAGCGGACGCUGCAUGCUCAGACAGAGCGAGCGGAGGAACAAGCCGCGGGCUUCAAACGGACAAUCGAAAAGCUCCAGGAUGCAGAAUACACCUCUUCUGGAAAGGAGGGCAAGCUUCAGGGAGUCAUAGACAGUGAGAAGCAACGUCACUCACAAGAAGAAGCUGUGCUCAAUCGUCAAAUUAAAGAGUUGGAUGACGAACUGACUAAAAAGAGGCAAGUUUUGGAUGAACAGCGGAAUGACCUUCUCACUGUCAGGGAAGAACUACGUUUAUCAAGGCGUGAGGAGCUGUCACUCAAGGAGAAAGUGCAAGCUUUGGAAGACGAAGUAAUUGUCUUACAAUCGAGUCUAGCCGAUGAGCAAGAAUAUGCCAAGGGACGUGCACAAAAAGGUUCACCCGAUGUGGAGAGCCAGCUACAGAAAGCAAUCGCUGAUAGACAAACCCUUCGCGACCAGCUCGCUAAUGCUCAUGUCGAGCUCCAUGACCUGAGAACUUCCGUUGCUGAGAUCGAAGCGGAGCGAGAUGAGCUUCACGCUCAACUUGAACGACCCAAUAAUGCGGAUGAGACACGUUUUGACCGUGAAAAACUUGAGUUUCGGAGAAGUACAACCCGUCUUGAAAAUGAAUUGAAACGAUUGAAGGACGACAAGGCCUCUCUCCUAGAAGCGAAGGAUACUCUCGAGCAGCAACUCGGAUCGGAGAUUGAACGGGCCACUGCAGAGGAGGGCCGCUUGUCGGCUGAGAUCGACCGUCUCCAGGGAAAACUACUCGCAGGCUCAGGCAACCGAGACAGAGAAUUGACCACCGCGAAGACCAAAGUUCAGCGGCUUGAGCGACGUGUCCAAGAACUGGAGACCUUGCUCGAGCAACAACCACCUAUUGACAUUGAUCAGUCGACUUCUCACGGAGAUCUGUCGGUCCUUCGGCGCGGUCUCGAGGAGGCUCGUAAACGCGAGAAGGUAAUCCUUCAACGCGAAGCCGAACAAAAGGCUUCUACGCGCUCCUUGAAGUCUCGCGUUUCCGAUUUGGAGAGAGAUCUCCAUGAUGCCUUGAUGAACAAAUAUGACUUGCGUUCUCCGCAGAACUCUCCAUCUAGUAAACUCCACGAAGAGCUGCGCGGCCUUCGGAAGCAACUCUCUGAUGCGCAUCGGUCUCUUAAGGAGAUCAAGAUGAAGAACCGUGACCUGGAACGUGCUGCAAUGAAGGAAGAGGACCAGAGGGAUCUGCAUGAGCUUCUAAAGUCAUCAACCCUCGAGGCCGAGGCUUUGGCACUUAAGGUAUCAGAAAGAGACUCGCGUUUGAAUGAGCUGAAAACCCAAGUUCGCCGGAUCCGCGAAGAGCGGGCUUUUUGCAUUCGCAAGGCUGAAGCAGCAACAAAGGACCUGGAAACUUUACAACAACGAUAUGACGAAGCUUUGGAGAAAGUCUUCACUUCCAAAUCAACGAGUAAGAGCCGACAUGAGAAGGAGAUGCGCGGCUUGGGCAAAGAAAUCAUCUGGCUUCGUGCUCGUUUGCAGCGAGAGGAGAAAUUCCGUCGUGACUUGGCCUGGAGUAAGGGUCUGAUGGAGCUUGGCGAACGCGUCCGCGUUGCAUGUAACGAAGCCGAUCUGCGCAUGAUCACCGAGAUGGGCGUCCAACCUCGCGGCCGUAACCCUACUCGAACCCCCCGUCACAAGCUACGGUCUGCUAUCUCAAUGGUCGUCGCUGCUGUUCGCAUGCAACGAAUGGGCCAAGAAUGGAGGGUAGCCAAGAAGCUCGGUGAGGGCUUAAAAAGAGCCAAAAGCGAGAUGCUAAGGCGCCGCGAAAGCUCGAGCAAGGGUGUGCUUGCUCAAUAA